AUGAGUGAUGUCUCAGUUUUGUUUAUGUGUGAGGACAAGCAGUGUCGGGUUGUUGUCGUCGAAGUUUUUAAAGGAUUUGACGAGGAUCUGGUGGUGACAAUAAAAUGUCAUCAUUCUGGAAAGUUUCAAAAGAAAGAAGCUGUUGUGGAUUACGUUGAUGGAGAAGUCACUGUUGUCAAAAAUAUCUGA